AUUGCUCGUCCUUUCCUCCUGUCAUUGGUUAAUAUUUGAUUCUGUUGACAUGUUUUCUUACUGCUGAUGCUUCCGACACCUUCCUUUUCUUUCCCCCACCCCCCUUCUCCCUCUCCCUCUCUCUCCCUCUCUCUCUCAUCCACAUCUUGGCCUCAGCUGUCAAAACCACGCCUAUGGAGAUCCACAAUUGGUCCAAAAAGCGUAAAAUCAGCAAUCAAGGGGGCUUGGCUCAUUAGCAAGGGGAUCAGAGCAGGAAGGACAUGUGAGAUAGUCACAGUUUUCCAGAGAUCCUGACAAGAUCUAAGCGUGCAGUAUGAGCGGCGGCCGGCCUGACACUUCUUCUCUCCGACUCGUCCAAUAAGGACGCCCCCCUCACUGGGACUGGAACUUUUCUUGCACAGGGACUGUCACAUUUUACACGGACUUGGCUCGCUGGGCAGAUCGCUGGGCAGGUCGCUGACAAGCUCGCUUGGUUCCUCUCCUGGAUAUUUGGAUGCACCGAUGAGAGAUCCAGCUUUCCCAGGGACUGCCAUGGCUUACCACCCUUUCCACGCUCACAGACCAGCCGAUUUCCCCAUGUCCGCCUUCCUGGCGGCCACUCAGCCUUCCUUCUUCCCGACUCUGGCGCUGCCCCCGUCUGCUCUGGGUAAGCCCCUCACCGAUCCCACCCUGGCCGGAGCCGCCGAAGCUGGCCUGCAUGCUCUGGGACAUCACCACCAAGCGGCUCAUCUCAGAUCCCUCAAGAGCCUGGAGCAGGACGAGGAGGUGGAGGACGACCCCAAAGUCAACCUAGAAGCCAAGGAACUGUGGGAUCAGUUCCACAAACUAGGAACCGAAAUGGUCAUCACCAAGUCUGGAAGGAGAAUGUUCCCUCCGUUUAAAGUAAGAGUGAGCGGCUUGGAUAAGAAGGCCAAAUACAUUUUAUUAAUGGAUAUAGUGGCAGCUGAUGACUGUCGGUAUAAAUUCCAUAAUUCUCGCUGGAUGGUGGCUGGCAAGGCUGACCCAGAGAUGCCCAAGCGUAUGUACAUCCACCCUGACAGCCCGGCCACUGGGGAGCAAUGGAUGGCCAAACCUGUUGCUUUUCACAAGCUCAAGCUCACCAACAAUAUCUCAGACAAACAUGGCUUUACCAUCUUGAACUCGAUGCAUAAAUACCAGCCCAGGUUUCAUAUUGUGAGAGCCAAUGACAUUCUGAAACUCCCCUAUAGCACUUUCAGGACCUAUGUGUUCCCAGAGACUGAUUUUAUUGCAGUGACUGCUUAUCAGAAUGAUAAGAUCACACAAUUGAAAAUAGAUAACAAUCCUUUUGCAAAAGGAUUUCGCGAUACGGGUAAUGGAAGGCGAGAGAAAAGGAAACAGCUGACUCUCCCAUCCCUGAGGAUGUAUGAAGAACAGUGCAAGCCAGACAGGGACGGGGCAGAUUCAGACUCCUCUUCUUGCGAUCCUACCCCAGGCAGAGACACAUUGCACUCCCCUCUGGGUACUGAGCCCAGUCCUCUGAGACUCAGCCGCAGUAAUAGAGAUGAUAAAUACAGCGCAGACAGCGACCAAGAGUUAGAACGACAUGAAGUGAGGAUUGGCAGAGGUCACAGCAGUCCUGGAGAACCUCUAUCUAGUCCUAACAGUCCCAGACUGGAGGACAGGGGCAAGGAGAAAGCCACACCUGACAAGAAGACCGAGUCACCUGAAGGCCGCAAGGACAGUGACAGCAUAUUCAGUGUCAGGAGUUUAGAGAAGGAGAAACUGGAGAGCAGGAGGAAAGAGGACACCAAAUCUGACCAAGAAUGUGGAGGUUUAACUAAAGAGACAUUUUCCCCACUCAUGGUACAGACAGAAAGCCCUCCACACUUGACUGCAAGUCAUCUGCAGAGUUUAGCGUUAUCUGGUCUCCAUGGGCAACAGUUCUUUAACCCCUUGGGUGCUGGGCAGCCCUUGUUCAUCCACCCAGGACAAUUUGCCAUGGCACCAGGGGCUUUCUCAGCAAUGGGUAUGGGACAUUUGUUGGCCUCUAUGACAGGAGCAACUGGCCUGGAGAAUGGAGGCCUCUCUUCAGUGCAAGGAGCUGGGGCCCACUUCCCCUUUCACCUAUCCCAGCAUAUGCUGGCCUCUCAGGGAAUCCCGAUGCCCACUUUUGGAGGGCUCUUCCCUUACCCGUACACGUAUAUGGCGGCUGCAGCAGCUGCAGCGUCAGCGAUGCCAGCCACCAGCGCUGCCAGCACUAUGUCAAGGAACCCUUUUCUCAGCAGUACCCGGCCUCGCCUACGCUUCAGCCCAUACCAGAUGCCUGUGAACAUCCCCCCCAGCACUAACCUUUUAACCACUGGAUUGCCAUCAAGCCUCAACCCAGGAUCUGAGAGCUCCAAGCCUGGCAGCAGCCGGGAACCCAGCCCCAUCCCAGACACUCCUGUUCACAAGAGGUCCCAUUCUAGAUCGCUGUCCCCAAAGACCCCCAUGAAGGAUUCCAUAAACGAGCUUCAGAACAUUCAGAGACUGGUCAGCGGUCUGGAGAGCCAAAGAGAGGUCUCCUCUGGUCGGGAGACCCCUAAAUGACUGGCCUCUCCUCUCCAUCACCUGAGCCUAAAGGGCUGAAAAGCACUGGGAUUUUGUACAGCACAUUAUAACUAUUUAUUAAAUAAAAUAAAAAUAAAUAAAGGUCAGCGAUCAAAAACAAUGAGUACUUAUAUAACACACUGAAAGCCCACCAAUUAUGAAGGUUUGAGAAGAAAUCAUAUACAGUAUGUAUAAAUAUAUAAAUAUAUAUAUAUCUAUAUCCACCCAAUACAAAGGAUACAACUUCAACCGUGCACCUAUGGGGACAUCAAGAACUCUUAAUAAUAGCGCUAUUGUGGAGAAGCUCCCCUUUUGUACACAAUACUUGGAAUGACCCAAGAAUGCAGAGACUCGGUGAAAUUGAUGAUGGACAAGGGGGGGAGCAAGGAAUUCCUUAGAUUUCUUCUUGAAAGAGGGAGGGGAGGGGUGGGGGGGUCUGGGAGGUAUUUGUCUAAAACAGACUAUUGGAAACAGUAGUCAUAUGUGAAGUAUGUCUACUUUUAAUUGUGGAGAUGACUGAAGUGAAAAAAAAUAAUUGUAAUCAUAUACAACAAAAAAAAAAAAACA